AUGACUGGCAAGCAGCUCUCCGAAGACCAUAGAGCCAUCCUGGCGAAAUUGCUACAGAUCCCAAAGCUCAACAACCACGAUAUCGCCUUUGUGCUCAACGUCGACGAGAGGACUGUCCGGCGCCGGCGCUACGAGUUCGAAGCCACGGGCCAGAUCAAGAAGCACAAAGAUGUCAGCAAAAAUGCCGAAAAGCUAAAGCCGCAUCAUCUAGAGAAGCUGGUGGAAUGGCACAAGGACCACCCCGACGCCCUCCUCGACGACAUGCAGCUCUUCCUUCGGACGCAGUGUGGCCUCGAAGUGAGCGUGCCAACAAUCAGCCGCCAAAUGAGGAAAGCAUACGGUGGUAACUUUCUGAGGACCGGCCGCUGUGCGCGGAUACGGUCGAGGAGGCAGAGGGAGGCAGAAGGCCGCUCCAUCGCCGUCGAGCUCCAGCAGAGCGCUGCUGCUGACAGCCCAGACAACGGUAGUCAAGCAGCUGCUCACCAGGAGCUAUAUCACGACCAGCUUGACAUGGCUCCGCCCCAGUAUAUAUUGACCCCGCCGAGCAAGCCGCAGCGCCCGGAACAGGCGUCGGCUGUGUACAACGCUGCCGGCGAGCACCAGUAUCAAGACCGCCAUCAACUGCGCUAUGAACUGGAUCUCAAUUCAUGGAACCUCAGGAUUUGGGGAGUCGCCGCCUCCGGGUUCCUCACGGACUCAUACAACCUCUUCGCCACCAAUGUCAUCCUCUCUACCGUCUCGUUUGUUUACUUUCCCCACACCAAGUGGGUUGGCUUGGUCAUAAACCUUCUCACUCUCUUUGGCUCAGUACUGGGCCAACUGCUCUUCGGCUACCUCGCCGAUAGGUACGGGAGAACCCGUCUCUAUGGCAUUGAGCUUGUCCUGGUCAUUGUGUCCACCAUCGGAGUGGCCACUACGAGUGACGGCUACAGCGACAUGUCGUUUCUAGCACUCUUCACAUUUUGGCGUUUUGUGAUGGGGAUAGGCAUUGGCGCCGAAUAUCCUUUAUCAGCUGUCAUUACUUCAGAAUGGGCCAGCACGUCCUCGAGGGCGACCAUGAUCUCGUCCGUGUUCCUGAUGCAGCCUGUCGGGCAAGCUCUAGCCCAGAUUGUCGGCGUCUUGGUUCUCCUGGGAGAGGACGCCGCGCAUGGGCUCCAUGACAAGCAGUGCGGUCUCGACUUGCUCCACGAGGAAGAAUGCAAGAGGAUCAUUGACGGGACCUGGCGCAUUGUCAUCGGCUCCGGGGCUGUGCCGGCCCUGUUGGCCAUCAUCUUCCGCUUCUUUCUCUACGACUGCGGCCUCUACACGCUCGAGGUCAAGAACAAACCCGGAAACGCCUUCAGGGAUACACAGCGAGUCUACGGUGCGCCUCCCACCAACAACGAAUUUGCCAUGUCGCCGACGGGCGGUGGAAACUUUUACGAGGCCGAAACGACGCCCCGUCAGUUCUCCCUCGAGGACUUGCACAACUACUUCAUCAGGGACAAGAACUGGUACUAUCUACUCGGCACAGCCAUGACAUGGUUCUUCCUGGAUGUUUCCUUCUACGGCUUCAGCCUCGACAACCGCGGCACCCUCUCCGAUCUAUGGACCACGACCGAGAGAAUUCCCAUCAACUCAGACCUCUGGUGCUGGAACUCGACCUUGCCCGGCGGGACAUCGCUCGUGCAGUCCUGGGCGACCGACGGCUUGCCGACCUGGCAAACCGACCGCACCCGGCCGUGCAACACCAUCUUCGAGACCAUCAUCGACCAGACCAAGCAGUACCUGCUUACCGUAUCCCUCGCCUCCAUCGCGGGCAGCGCCUGCUUCAUUUUUUUCGCCAACCGCAUCCACCGCCGGCGGUGGCUGACGACCUCCUUCAUCAUUUUAACAGUGCUCUUCCUCGUCACUGGCGGCGUCUACUACGGCGUAGCCCACCGGCCAGGCGCACCCGCCACCGUAGUGUGCGUGGCCAUCUGCCAUUUCAUGUUCAACUUUGGAGCCAACACGCUCACCUUCAUCAUCCCCGCUGAGAUCUUCCCGACGGCCUACCGCUGCACCUGCCACGGCAUCUCGGCGGCCGCGGGGAAGCUCGGCAGCAUCGUCGCCGUGCUCGUCGUCUAUGGCAUCAACUCGGGCUACGCGUCCACGAUGCGGCAGGGCCUGAUUUUCCUGCUGUUUGCCACCUUCAUGGCGCUUGGCGCCGUCUACUCGUGGGCCUACCUGCCCGACGUGCAGCGGACCGUGUACGACGACGAUGGCAAGAAGAGGCUCGAAAAUCGGAACCUCGAGGAGCUUGGCGAGGGUUAUAUGCGUGCGCAGCAGGAGGGGCAGGUUAUUGGGGCGCGAGAGAAGUGGAGGGAUAUGAAAGGGAGAUUGAGGAAUAGGAGGAUGAUUCGGAAUUCCGAGAUGGAGAGGACAGGGGAGGUGCCGUCGCCACCACCAUCACUUCCCCCACCGCCAAUGGAGCCUGUCGAGGCGGAUGGGAGGGCCAUUGUUUGA